UUCGCAGUAGCGUGUUCAUCCUGGGCGGUCGCUAAACACGUGGGUUGGGCUGUCCUGCGCUGCUGCAGAGGUAGUCAAACCUCGGCUUUGGCUAUUUCGUCUCCAGUAGCGAGCGGCAAAUAAAAGGCAUGGCACCGGCGGAAGUCCUGAACGGGAAAGUGGUCUCAGAACAAAUAAAGGAGAGACUGAAGAACCAAGUCGCUCAGAUGAAGGAGCAAGUACCGGGUUUCACACCAGGCCUGGCGGUUUUACAGGUUGGCAACAGAGACGAGUCCAAUGUUUAUAUAAAUUUGAAGCUGAAGGCUGCUGAAGAGAUUGGAAUUAAAGCCACUCACAUUAAGUUACCAAGAACAGCCACAGAAUCUGAGGUGUUAAAGUAUGUUACAUCUUUGAAUGAAGACAACACUGUACAUGGGUUCAUAGUGCAGCUACCCUUAGAUUCAGAGAAUCCAGUUAACACUGAAGCUGUGGUCAAUGCUAUUGUACCUGAGAAGGAUGUGGAUGGAUUGACUAGCAUCAGUGCUGGAAAACUUGCUAAAGGUGACCUAAAUGACUGUUUCAUCCCAUGUACAUCUAAAGGAUGCUUGGAACUCAUCAAAAAGACAGGGGUGCAGAUUGCUGGGAAGCAUGCUGUGGUGGUUGGGCGCAGUCAAAUAGUCGGUGCCCCAAUGCAUGCCUUGCUUCUGUGGAACCAUGCCACAGUGACCAUCUGUCACUCCAAGACUGCCAAUCUAAGUGAGGAGGUAAAUAAAGGUGACAUUCUGGUGGUGGCAGCUGGUCAGCCUGAAAUAGUGAAAGGGGAGUGGAUCAAACCCGGGGCAGUGGUCAUCGACUGUGGAAUCAAUUAUGUCCCAGACAAUACAAAACUAAAUGGGAAGAAAGUCGUGGGUGAUGUGGCAUACGACGAGGCCAAAGAGAGGGCGGGCUUCAUCACUCCAGUUCCCGGCGGUGUCGGGCCCAUGACGGUGGUGAUGCUGAUGCAGAGCACAGUGGAGAGUGCAAAGCGUUUCCUGGAGAAAUGUAAGCCAGGAAAGUGGAUGAUUGACUAUAAUGAGCUUAAUCUCAAGGCACCUGUCCCAAGUGACAUUGAUAUAUCACGGUCUUGCAAGCCAAAGCCCAUUGGUAGCCUGGCUCGAGAAAUUGGUCUACUCUCUGAAGAGGUAGAACUGUAUGGGGAAACAAAAGCCAAAGUCCUGCUGUCGACACUGGAGCGCCUGAAUCACCAGCCUGAUGGAAAAUAUGUGGUGGUAACUGGAAUAACUCCAACGCCCCUGGGAGAAGGGAAAAGCACAACCACAAUCGGGCUAGUGCAAGCCCUGGGUGCCCACCUGCAUCAGAACGUCUUUGCGUGUGUGCGACAGCCUUCUCAGGGCCCUACCUUUGGAAUAAAAGGUGGCGCUGCAGGAGGUGGCUACUCACAGGUCAUUCCUAUGGAAGAGUUUAAUCUCCACCUCACUGGUGACAUCCAUGCCAUCACUGCUGCUAAUAACCUUGUUGCUGCAGCCAUUGAUGCCCGGAUGUUCCAUGAACUGACCCAGACAGACAAGGCACUCUUUAAUCGUUUGGUACCAUCAAUAAAUGGAGUGAGAAAGUUCUCUGAUAUCCAACUCCGAAGGUUACGGAGACUAGGCAUUGAAAAGACUGACCCUACCACUCUGACAGAUGAAGAGAUAAACAGAUUUGCAAGAUUGGAUAUUGAUCCAGAAACCAUAACUUGGCAAAGAGUGUUGGAUACCAAUGAUAGGUUCCUGAGGAAGAUCACAAUUGGACAGGCUCCCACAGAGAAAGGGUACACACGGACGACUCAGUUUGAUAUCUCUGUGGCCAGUGAGAUCAUGGCUGUCCUGGCUCUCACCACUUCUCUGGAAGACAUGAGAGAGAGACUGAGCAAAAUGGUGGUGGCAUCCAGCAAGAAAGGGGAGCCCAUCAGUGCUGAAGAUCUGGGAGUGAGUGGCGCAUUGACAGUGCUCAUGAAGGAUGCAAUCAAGCCUAAUCUCAUGCAGACAUUAGAGGGCACCCCAGUAUUUGUUCAUGCUGGACCAUUUGCCAACAUUGCACAUGGGAAUUCCUCCAUCAUUGCAGACCGGAUUGCUCUCAAGCUUGUUGGCCCUGAAGGGUUUGUAGUGACUGAAGCAGGAUUCGGAGCAGACAUUGGAAUGGAAAAGUUUUUUAACAUCAAAUGCCGGUAUUCGGGUCUCUGUCCUCAUGUGGUGGUGCUUGUCGCCACAGUCAGGGCUCUUAAAAUGCAUGGAGGCGGCCCCACGGUUACUGCCGGACUACCUCUUCCGAAGGCUUACAUAGAGGAGAACCUAGAGCUGGUUGAAAAAGGCUUCAGCAACUUGAAGAAACAGAUUGAAAAUGCCAGACUGUUUGGAGUGCCAGUAGUAGUGGCCAUGAAUGCAUUCAAGACAGACACGGAGGCAGAGCUGGACCUCGUCAACCGCCUUGCCAAAGAACACGGGGCUUUUGAGGCUGUGAAGUGCACUCACUGGGCAGAAGGGGGCAAGGGCGCCUUAGCCCUGGCUCAGGCCGUCCAGAGAGCAGCACAGGCACCCAGCAGCUUCAAGCUCCUUUAUGACCUCAAGCUCCCAGUUGAAGAUAAAAUCAGAAUCAUUGCCCAGAAGAUCUAUGGGGCAGAUGACAUUGAAUUGCUCCCGGAGGCCCAGCACAAAGCAGAAGUCUACACAAAGCAGGGCUUCGGGAAUCUGCCCAUCUGCAUGGCCAAAACACACUUGUCCUUGUCUCAUAAUCCAGAACAGAAAGGCGUGCCCACAGGCUUCGUCCUACCCAUCCGUGAUAUCCGCGCCAGCGUCGGGGCUGGUUUUCUAUACCCCUUGGUAGGAUCGAUGAGCACAAUGCCUGGACUCCCUACCCGGCCUUGUUUCUAUGACAUUGAUUUGGACCCUGAAACUGAACAAGUGAAUGGGCUGUUCUAAACAGAUUGUCCAUCUUUAAGAAACUACUUUGAAAGUUUGGUCAGUGUUUGUUCAGGCCAUCUGUCAGUUAGGAAGCCCCUGCCCUGAAGAUCAUCUGAAAUAAAUAAUGAAGCUGCCUUCUUCAUAAAAAUGAAGCCUUUCUUCAGUGUUUAUUUUCAUCACCAUGUAUAAAUUCACAUAAAUCAUGCAUAUGUCUGUUCACUGAAGCUCCACAGAAUAAAAGGAAAUAAAUUUGCUA